CUCCUUUCAGUUGUAGCUUAGGCUAUAUAAAGACAUACGCGCAUUCUCUCAUGUGAAAGUGAAUUUUUGAAGGCUACUACCAUGAGCGUACCGGGAAUCUGUUUCCUUCUCCUGUUGGCUCAGCUUGCUGGCACAAGCAGAGGGAAUACAAUUGAGACGACCUGUACCUGUGGAAGUGUCACAGAACUGGCAUGUAUGGCUCCAGCAGAGCCUGGAGUCAGCUAUCGGUCUGUCAGAUGGUACAAGAUUGACAACGAAAAUAAUUUAAGAGGCCUUGUAAGGAAGCGUCUGUCUCCACAAAACAAUACAGCUGAAUAUUACAAGGGUUUGAUCCGCCAUGUGGAGUUUGUCUCAGAGAACUCAUCAAACCUCGUCUUACCCAAUAUGACAGCAAGUGACAGAGGAAGAUAUAUCUGUUUGCUGGCUGCACCCUUGGGACAUCAAAAUCAAGAGGGAGAGGUCUUCCUUAGAGUCGAAGGUUGCCCAAGUUAUGAUCUUUCAGAGUUAGUCUGGGCCAUUGCUCUGCUCUCAGCAUCGCUGCUCCUUCUAACCCUAAGCUAUAUGUUUUUAAGGAACGCAUUAAGGAGUAGCAAAAAGAAGCUACUCAAAGAAAGCCUUUGGAAGAUGUCUCACCAGCAUGAAUCAGCAGGAAACAUGAUUUAUGUUAUGGGAAAAGAUGGAUUGAAAGCUUUCGAAGCUAUUUAUGUGUGAGAUUCACUUAUAGGUUGUUUCUUUUCUGCACUGUCAGUAUUAGCUUAGCUGCUAACUAGGAUUGGAGCAAGACUGAAGAAAAGCAGCCCAUCUGACCGCUACUGCCAACUCACCAACCAGAGCAUGUUGUGGUCAUAGGCAGACCAGACGACCGUUGACUUAAUUUGUUUGGAGGGCAUCUUAGAGAUCAAGAUCUAAAUUAUGGACUGUUCACAGUGUCUGUCUAGAUUAUCAAUGGUGACGACUAGGAUUGUAUGGAUGGCAAAUGAGGCAGCUGACCAUCUGGACAGACUGGUAUGAGAAUGUAGGGUUGGUUGGCACAUGCAAGAGGAUACCACCCUAUAGCUAUAUCAAGAGAGUGGUAGUGCCAGGGCUUCCCAAGAGAUGGGGAUCAAUGAACUCCUGCCCAUAACCGAAACACAACCUGCCACUGAUCACAGCAAUAUAGAUGAUAGGGUCCCAGAGUCGGUUCAUCCCUAACAGGGAAAUAUAGCAGUAAAAUAUUAAGACAUAGUAUUUAAAAAUAUUAUAAAAAUAUUUAAAAGCUUAAAUGUUAUAAAAUAUAAU